CAUCAAGAAUCUCACCCUGACUGAUCAACAUUAGAGAAGAAGACGAAAUUCUUUUCUCUUUUAGAUAUUAAAAAUUAAAAUGGUUAUACUAUUAAAUAACAUGUGUCAUUAGCUUUUAAAUAGUAAUUAAUUAAAUUUAAAUAUGUAGGAGAGGGUUGGGAUACAAACUUAAAUAAAUUAGGGGUAUAGUCUUUUAAAUAGUCGUGAAAUUUUAAAAUGUAUUGCACUCACUAAACAAUGUAAUUGUAAUUAAAUAACGGCUACUUGGUUAAAUUGAUUACUUUCACAAGAAGAUGAGGUUGACUACGAGUUAAAUAAGGGUGUAAUGAAUCCGGAAAAUUACCGCAAUUUUAGCGUGUAAUGAAAGUUAUUUAAUUGUGAAAGUUGACCAUAGUUGGUGGAUAAGUGGAAACAUUCCUGACAACCCGGAAGGUCCGGAAGUUGGCAGAAUGUCGCCACCCUUGGAAAAGGAAGGUUUCGUUUUGAAAUAUUGCCGAAUGUGUGCCGUCCAGCUGAAACAGGGCGUCUUUAUCUUUGGCGACGAAGGGAAACGUCUUCAAAUACCGGAAAAGAUAAGGAAAACCCUUGCAAUUUUGGUCUUGGAAGAAGACACCCUUCCAAAGAAGAUUUGCACUGACUGUUGUUCUUCUCUGGAAGACUAUUCGCAGUACAAAGACACUGUUCUUGAUGCUCAAGAAAAAUUGUCCGCUAUCGCGAAGAAUUUGGAACGAUCCAUGUUUGAAAAAGCUCAAGAAUUGGUGGCACCAAGUAGACAACAGCAGACACAAACAUCAAUUCUGCAACUGGCGUUAACUUCUGCUGCAACCACGACUAAAGAACACGCCGACCUCACCAUAACCAAUACGAUUGAGGAAGGUGACAGUAACUAUAAUAUCAGUGCCAACAAUUCAUGCGGGGAGGAUGUUGAGGAGGAAAUUGCAGUAAAAACAACCCCUCCAAAGAAGGAACCAUCACCCAAAAAGUCUAAACCGUCGAUGUCAUCAUCGUCCCCUGACAAAAUGACGACACGAUCCUCAUUAUCCCCAAGUAAAUCCUCCUCUCUAGCCAACAAAAUUGUUCCCAGUAAUAGCACUGACAAAGAAGAAUCGCCACCUCCGCAAAAAUGUACCGAUCCAGACGAGUGGGUAUUACAAUGCGGAAUUUGUUCCAUACCCACAGAAGGUCGCCUAGAUCUGAAAAACCAUCAUGAGAAGAAUCAUUCCUCCGACCAAUAUCCUCAACCCGUUUAUGGAUGUUCAUUCUGUCCUCGAAUAGGUGAAAACUACAAUGCUCUCCGCAUGCAUAUUUACCGUCACUUAAAGGAAGGGGCAUUUAAAUGUGACCACUGUGGUAGAACUUUCCCCUUAAAGAACCAGCUUGACCAACACUCGGCCCACUAUGCGGCAAAUGAUGGGAAGAAUUAUAAUUGCAAAGUUUGCGGAAAACAGAAGUUCACGGCAAAGUGUAGUUUGGCCAGUCAUAUGAAAGAAAAACAUAACAGUCUGGAGGGGAAGAGAGAUGACGACAAUGUUGAGCAACAAGAUAAGAGUGAUGACGAUAAAGAAGAAGCUAAUAAUAAUGCAGCACCUUUGUCUCCAUCUCAUGACGAUGAUGCAUCUACACCAUUACCAAUGGAGGUAAACGAUAACGACGCCCACGAUUCUCAAGUUUUGCUGCCCCAAGUCCUUCCCCACAAUAAUAGAACGUCACCAAGAUCGUCUCCGGAUAACGUGACCCUGGUCGUGGUGGUGGAGUCAGAAUCUCAACCGAAUUCGAAAGAAGGUGACAGUGUCCCAUCGCUACUUGUCAACGACCAGCUCGACCGUGGCGUUUGGAAAUGUGAAGUGUGCAAUAAACAAUAUCAAACAUCGCGAGGGUUAGAACUGCAUGCGGUAAUUCACACACAGAAAAGAUUUGAGUGCGAACACUGCGAUAAGAAAUUUACUCAAAAGGCUUCUCUGAUGCACCACCUGACCUCACAACAUUCUGAUGCACCUCGCCUCUUCAAGUGCGACAUUUGCUCCAAAGAGUUCAUCACUUCGAAGCACCUUCGACGCCACAAGAGAUUUCAUACCGAGCCGGAAGCAGAAUCUCCAUGUUUAGAAUGCGGAAAAGUGUUCAAGACUCGUCUCCGGCUGCUCUCGCACAUGAAAAUUCACGCCUCAAAGCUCAACUUUCCAUGCGACAAAUGUGAGAAACGAUUCCCCAACAAGGCCAAGCUCAGCAUUCAUGAGAACUCGCACACGGGGGCGAGAACUUUCCAAUGUCCCCACUGCAGCUAUGCUGGCCGCACCCCGGGACCAUUUUAUCGCCAUUUGAAAACCCAUGAGAAGAAAGCGAAGAAAGAGACGGCCACCGCAACGACCACGAUUUGUAAAGUUCCUAGUACUACAAUUACUACAAGUACGAGUACAAGUACCACAAUAAGUGUUCCACAACCAGCAGCACCACCAUCCUCGACGCCAACAUUAUUUCCACCUACCACAAUUGGUAGCACAACACCAAUAGCAAAAUUGGACACGGAAAGCAUAACUCUAAAUUUUUCAUCACCAAUUUUAGAAGAUUUAAGCAAUAAGAAUAAUACCACUUCAAAGCAGUAUCACAUCGUCUCCGUUCCACGCACGCCUACAAGUCUAGUUUCAAUUAGUCACAGUCACCCGAGCCCGCAACAGCAUUCUUCUAAUGGAAUCAUCGUAACGACAUCGUCCCACCAUCCAAUUCCGAUCGAAUAUCACUCCCAGUCCCAACAGCAACAACAAAAUAAUAAUGACCAAGUAAUCUCCCAUGCACACGCUUCCUCCUCAUCACAUCAUUCUUCAAGUCAAAAUUAUUGGGCCAACUCUCAAAGUUACUCUCAACCUGGUAAUAACUCUUCCUCCAAGACGACUACAUUUGAGCUGGUCGACUGUGCUUUCCCUUGCGAUAACAACAUGUCAUCAACAUCACAUUCUUCACAGCAACAACUCCCCCCUCCACCCAGCUAUCAGUAUGCGGCCCACAAUAAUAACUACUCCCCACCCAACCAGCAACAUGCCCAUACAACUGCCAUUCUACACACGAGUCCCUCAUCGGCACAUUCUUCUGUCCCAAUUUCAUUCAUCUCGGCGUCGUCAACGUCAUCACAGAAUGUCACAACCAUCUUCACGGGAGGAAAUCACGCCCAACAACAAAACGAACCGAUGGAACUCAGCUACAAACUUCACCUAGACAAUGGGCAAGACGUUCCGAUGGAGUUGACCAAAGUGUUCCAAAGGGAUCCGCUCGAGCUUUGUGUCCGAACAGAUUUCAACCAAUUAAUGGAUCUCAGUUCAAGAGUGGGUGGCGACGGGGGGAUGAAUAUCCCGCUCAACAUGAACAACAAUAAUAACAAUAAUACCAUUAUCGGAUUAGGAAACGGAUAUCAUAAGGAUAUGACGGACAGGGAGCUUUGCUUUAACGACCUUUCGGGAGCAUUUAGACAGCCGAUUGAUUUAAUCGCUCGACAAGAUGAUCCAUCGGAUAUCUGCUCCUCUGAAGGUUCCCUGGUUGAUCUGUCUUUGCGCUCUUCUUUCGUUCAAGAUCAGUCAACCUUUCUCCGCGAACUCAUCGACCUUUCCGCACGCUCCGAGUCAUUUCAUGGCGAGUUAAACUUGACGAAUAAAUCUGGAACAUCCACACAGCAGCAUCACCAGCAAUCUCAUCCACAUAAUAAUCACUCUCAUCACCAACUUCAACAGCAUCACACUCCGUCUGGAAAAGGUCAUCCUAAUUCUAUGCACCAACAACAACAAGGCACACUGACCGCAGUUAUUUAUCAAGAUGCCAUGUUUAGUCUCUAGUGGUUUGAUCUGACGGUGAAGAAAUCAAAUAGUAUUAUAUUUUGACUAUUUAUUCCAAAAGUUAAUAAAAUAUGUAUCGGUAUGAAAUUAAAAACAAAAGUGGAAAACA